CAGUGCUCCGCCCCGCCCCUGCGGGCUGUGGCCACGCGCGGCGGUUCCGCUUCCCCUCCGGCCCCACCGCCGCCGCCGCCCCGCCGGGUCCCGGUCCCGCCUCCGCCGCCCCGCUCAGCCCCGCUCCGUCCGUCCCGCCGUCCGUCCGCCGAGGCGGCGGCGCCGCCCCACCCGGGCUUCCCCUAGCUAUUGAGAACCAUGUCUGACAACGGAGAACUGGAAGACAAGCCCCCCGCCCCUCCUGUCCGGAUGAGCAGCGCUAUCUUCAGUGCAGGGGGCAAAGACCAGUUGGCAACCAACAACAGCUUUAAACCCCUGCCCUCUGUCCCAGAAGAGAGGAAACCCAGGCAUAAAAUCAUCUCCAUAUUCUAUAGCAAUGAAAAAGGAAGCAAGAAGAAGGAAAAGGAAAGGCCAGAAAUCUCCCCACCAUCAGAUUUUGAACAUACCAUCCAUGUUGGCUUUGAUGCUGUUACUGGAGAGUUCACUGGAAUGCCAGAACAAUGGGCUCGGUUGCUUCAGACCUCAAAUAUCACCAAGCUAGAACAGAAGAAAAACCCCCAGGCGGUACUAGAUGUGCUGAAAUUCUACGACUCAAAAGACACAGCAAAACAGAAAUAUCUGAGUUUUUCUGCUCCAGAAAAAGAUGGUUUCCCUUCAGGAACACCAAUGACCAAUGCCAAAGGUUCAGAACCAUCAACAGCUGUGGCAGAUGAUGAUGAGGAUGAUGAAGAGGCUCCUCCUCCCGUGAUUGCUCCACGGCCAGAUCACACAAAAUCGAUUUACACCCGCUCUGUCAUUGACCCCAUCCCUGCCCCGGCUGGUGACACCUGUGGUGACAGCGCCUCCAAAGCGGGGGAUAAGCAGAAAAAGAAAACCAAGAUGUCAGAUGAAGACAUCAUGGAAAAACUACGCACUAUUGUAAGCAUAGGAGAUCCGAAGAAAAAAUACACCAGAUACGAAAAAAUUGGGCAGGGGGCUUCCGGUACAGUUUUCACAGCUAUUGAUGUGGCAACAGGACAGGAGGUGGCUAUUAAACAGAUCAAUUUGCAGAAACAGCCCAAGAAGGAGCUGAUAAUUAAUGAGAUCUUGGUUAUGAAGGAGCUGAAGAACCCAAACAUAGUCAACUUCCUGGACAGUUACCUCGUAGGGGAUGAAUUGUUUGUGGUGAUGGAAUAUCUGGCUGGAGGCUCUCUAACAGAUGUGGUCACAGAGACGUGUAUGGAUGAAGCACAGAUCGCUGCUGUCUGCAGAGAGUGCUUGCAAGCUCUGGAGUUCCUUCAUGCCAACCAGGUCAUCCACAGGGACAUAAAGAGUGACAAUGUGCUGUUAGGAAUGGAUGGAUCAGUUAAAUUAACUGACUUUGGGUUCUGUGCUCAGAUCACCCCUGAGCAGAGCAAGCGCAGCACCAUGGUGGGAACUCCGUACUGGAUGGCUCCUGAGGUGGUCACACGGAAAGCCUACGGCCCCAAAGUGGACAUCUGGUCCCUGGGCAUCAUGGCUAUUGAGAUGGUGGAAGGAGAGCCCCCGUACCUCAACGAGAACCCCCUGAGGGCUUUAUAUUUGAUAGCAACUAAUGGCACACCAGAACUCCAGAACCCCGAGAAACUGUCCCCAAUAUUCCGGGAUUUCUUGAACCGAUGUUUGGAGAUGGAUGUGGAGAAAAGAGGAUCAGCCAAAGAAUUGCUACAGCAUCCCUUCUUGAAACUGGCCAAACCUCUGUCCAGCUUGACGCCACUGAUCCUGGCAGCCAAAGAAGCAAUGAAGAGUAACCGCUAACAUCCUGCCACAGCCUUCUUCCUUUUUUGUUUGUUUGUAUUUUACAAAUCUUUAUAAUAUAUGAAAUUGUUACACUUUGGGGAGGGGGGAGGGAAGGGAUUUUUGUGGGGGUGGGAAACGUCUGCAAAAGGGAAGAAACUCUCAUCCAGAAGACACCCAAAAUACAUUGUGGCGACUCUAGAGAUCCCUGUCCGGGGUCCAGAAGGAAUUGAAUUACUGGCCUUUGUGGGUUUUUUUAAUUCUGAUUUUUGUUUCCCAGACAGCCCAGAAAUACCACUUGCUGUGCCUGGGGCUUUAAGGGGUUUUAAUGACUUCGCUGUAACAGCUCCUGUUGUACCCUCUGGGUACUUUCAAUACUUGAAUGACAGAUUCAAGCUUUCAGAGAGCAGUACUAAUUUUACCUGCUGAUCUCUUUGCCUCUCCUCUUCCUCCCCUCUACCUGCAAUCCCUGUGGGAAGCUCCCAAUGACCAGAUUCACGGCAGGUGUGGCGAAUGUGAAGGUACAUCUUGCCCCUCAUUUCUUUUUCAGAUUAGCUGUCGCUGCACUGUAGAGUCAACAACUUGGUUACUUAAGGAAUCAUAAUGUAUGGAGAUGGUUUUCAUUUUUUAAGAUUAAUAAGGAGAGAGAGAGAGGGGGAAGAGAAGUAUUCAGCUGUUUCUCAUGCCUGUGCUCUGUGGACAUUUUUUUAAUCAAAAAUGUGGCCUCUUUGUAGAACCGUAAUGAUCGGUCAAGUCUUUGGAUGUGGGUUAUGGAUGUGUAGGUUGGGGUCAGAUACUUUAUUUAUGAUCAAAUGAUCAGUUCUAGUCAGGGCAAGAAAAAAAAUUCCAGCUGUCUUCCUGUCUGCUCUUUUUCCCCUGUUAGACUUGCUGGCCAGAAGCUUGAGGGACAACGUGCUUGGUGCAGUGGGUGGUCACAAACAUGUAUCUGUGCUCUGACUUGGGCUUUGGAAGUUACGCUGGUGCCUUUGACUUUUUUUAUUUUACAUUUCCCUUCUUUGUAUCAAAUACAUUUUUGUAUAUGUUGUAAUUUCCCCCCUCCUUCCCCCACCAAGCAAAUAAUGCAUCAACCUAUGGAGUUGUCAGAGUUUUAAAGUAUUAGAGCUAUUUUUUUCCAGUUCUGUAUGUGCUCCAUUUGUACUAAUGAAACCAGAAGAACAAAUAACCAGAUCUGAGGACACUGACGAUACAGGAUUUUGGAAACAUGACCUGAACAAAUGAUGAUGAACGCCUGGAGAUGCCAAAGUUGUGAGAUGAAGCAGAGGGGAAGCAGUGCUGUCAGACCAUCGUGGGGCCUGUUGGACUGGCUGGUGUCACUCUGAUCCUUGUCACCAAGGACGCUGGGCUAGCCAGGAUGGCUGCAGUCAACCCUUCAACACAACAAAAAGUGCCUCCUUCUGAAGGACAGCAGCAACCUGAGCAGUUGAGUUCUUGGAGUGUUGCCAGGGGUGAAUUUAGCAGAGCCUGUGCCCCUUCUAAUGCUACAGUCUUUGCAUUUCAGCCUCCCCAAGUGUUGUUUUAGGAGGAGCCAAGUAGUACCAAUGUGCCAAAUGAGUCUGUGGAAGAACCAUGACUUUAGUGGGCUUGUAUUGCAUUCCCAGUGGGGCAGGGCCUGGGACAGACAGAUCUGUGGUUGGGUGUGGACAGAGGACCCUGAAUAAAAAUUUUUGCACACUUUUCCAAGCUUUGCUGGCAGGGGAUAGAAGUAAUUUUCAGAGAAUUUCAGUGUCUAUAUAGAGAGAAUGACAUUUUGGGGACUGGUAGCCAAGGUGUGACAAAACAAACUUCCAGGUGAGAGCUGCUGGGCAGGACAGCAGGGGCUGUUUGGGGGGAUGGUGGAGGGGAGCAGGGCUGGGGUCUCACAGCUCCUGGGGGUCGUGUGGAGCCAGCAGGGUGCCUUGUUGGGCAGGUUCAGCUUGUGUUCUGCUCCUGUGUGGUAGUUAAAAUCUGUGUUGGGUUAAUUAUCCUAAGAUAAAUCUCUCUAGCUGUAAGUCUGAGAACAGUUAUGGCUCUAAAUUUUAAAUUCGAGGAAGUGUCUCUUGCCAGGUAAGGAAAUCCAAGUGCAUUUGUCUGGAAAAAAAGUUUAUUAUGAGCCAUGGACACUGUAACCACCCUGGUUUGAGUGUGUCCCAGCUCCUGGGUCAAAUGGAGCGCUGAGGAGGCUUGGCUGAGGAAAAAACCUGUUGUACCAGUGCUUCCCUCUUUGUCCAUUGCUGGCAAUGGACUUGGUGAAACUCCUUGUGCCAGAGUUAAACUGGGAGCUUUUCUUUCUUUCAUCUUUUUGUUUUGUUGUUUUUUUUUUUUUUUAAUGGCACAAUCUAGAUAAAUUUAGCUUUUUUAAAAUAGAAAACAAGAAAUCAUAAGUAAUUUUAACUUAUUAGUUCACUUUUAUUGGUGAAUGAGAAUGGUUUAAAACAUAUAUUGCAAAAUUUGUCCAAUUUAGCCUUGCUUAGGAGACGAUUUCCAAAGAUUCAGCUAUCCUAAUGCACAAAACUUGGCCCAAUCCCAAGUUCCCAAAUUGUGUGUGUGACCUGGGAUGGUGUUCAGCUCCGAGGCUGGGAAAUGCCAGCAUCUCCCUGGCCCCACGAAGCAGCUGCUCUGUGGUGAGGUUUCCAUGGGGAUCAGAAGUGGGGCUGGCAGGAGAGGAGAGCCAGGAGAAGAUUUUUGGGCUGUGCUUUUGUGUCUGGAGGGUCGGGCAUCGCUUUUCUGAGGGUGUCUGCAAGGUGAGGGGCUCCAAGGUGUGGGUUCUCCCUGGUGGGAGCAGAGCAGAGCCCUUGAGUGGGUGCAGGGCUGUCAGCUCUGCUGUGGCACUGGGGCUGCUGGAGAUGAUGGGAAGGGACAAACUGCAUCCAGAUGUGGGGAUUCCUGUGCAUCCCCCUCGGGUGUCCACCCAAGAUCCUGAGCGGGGAUCAGCCGUGCAUGCGAUCCCUGGGAAAUGCCAGAUGGGCAGCUUGUGGCUGAGGUGUGAGUGUGCAGGCAGUGUGACAUUCCUAGGAUGUUGUUAUCAUAGAACAAACCAGAGUUCUUACUAAAAACAACCAUGGAAAUGAGCACUUUGCCCUGCCUUAGGUGUUAAUGAGACUAAUUGGAGCCUGCCCCCCUGGCUCUCUGUGCAGGGAGGUGCAAAAGUUUGGCUACAGCAGAUGGGUCCUGUUGUCAGAGGGGCUGGGGAGGGAGCAAAAACGUCAUUAUGGGUCUCUCCAGCUGGAAUUGAGUCAAUCAAUCUCUCUGGUCUGUUUUUCCCUCUGUUCCUUAUGCUGUUGAUGGGAAUGGAAGUAGGUGCAAGCUUUCUUUUUAUUUUUUUAACUGUCUUCAGAUGUUAAUGUUGCCUUUUGUGUAAUUUAAUCCCAUUAUGUUAUUUAAUUGUUACUGCAAUAUUAACUACUGUAUUUGUUGACUUUGUUUAAUAACUGUUCUUUCAGGGCUAGAAAUAAACUUUUAAAAAAAUCUUUGGGGUUUUUUCCCCCCCUUUUCCCUGUCAUGAGUUUAUACCUUUGAAGACAAGAAUAUCUGAAAGAG